CAGCUGUUUAUAUUGUAUUUAUUUUUUCACAUGUUAAACCUGCAUCAAUUAACGCUAAUAUGGAUAAGGAAAUUCCUUUUAAGGAUCUUGUUGACCGUGCCAACGAGAAAAUAGAGCUUGGUUAUGAGUUAAUUUCACAAUUAGAGGAAUAUAGACAAAUAAAUGGUGUUGAUAAAAUACAAAGAAAAAUUAGUCAAGAAGUGAAGUUCCUGCAGAAGGUUAUUACAAACGAAAAGCUAAAGAUUAAUCACGUUCAAUGUAGCAACCUUACACACUACGCCUUCCUUGUACAAAUAUUGAAAUUACAGCAGGGUGUAGUACAUCUCGAUUGUGGAUUUCCAUUGGAAGGGCGCAGUAAUCCACUGCGUGUAGAUAUUGUUUGUGAGAAUGGUUUGAAGUGGAUAAAAGCUAUUGCACGUAAUUCCAAAUCUUUGGCUGAUGCGGCAAAAGGUGAGGCCAGUUAUGGAGCGCGUAGCAUACUAGACCAAGCAGAGGAGUUUGUAGAUGCCAGCGCACAACACUUAUGCAUGUUUAAGCCACCAAAAGUGGUUUUCUAUUUCAGUCAAACCAUUGAUAACACGCUACUUGAAGAACUGCAAGAAACCGGCGUUGAAAUUGCAUCAAUUGCGGAACCCGCCGAGAGCAAUGAGAGUACGGAUAUUUCUAGUGUGAGCACAUUAAACAUAGAUAUAACUACACUAUUGGCGUAUAUAAGCAACGUGUGCAAUGGCAGUUGUAAUUGGCAAUUCCGUGAGGGCAUACUUACUGAGCAGGCGGAAAAGGAGCGGCAGACACCAUUAAAACCUGCUUUGGAUAAUCUAUUUAAAGGCAAGCGUCUCAUUUGUUGUGAAACAGCAUACAAGUCUUUCGAAGAGAUUAUCGCUUUGUUGGCUGGCGCGCAAGAGCACAAGCGUGCGGCGGAAUUAAUGCAAAUUGUGGAAGUUUUGCCCGAUGUGACUACGGUGCCAGAUGAAUUAGCUGUAAUUAAAUUUAGCGGUAAAAUAAAUCAGAGGAGCUUGAAGAUUUUCGCCUUCGGCAUGCAAAUGAAAGCGGUGACUGUGACCUCAAAUAAAGCAUUCGUACGCUCAGCGAAAAUGCAGGGCAUCAAUGUACCAGUGUUUACACACCAAGCCAGAGCUUUAACAGAAGCUAAAGAGUCAACUGCCACACCCAUACAAUGAUUGGCGAUUUCGGCAAUAUCACUUGGUCGUUGAUUGAUGCUCGUAUAUAGUUAACGAAAACACAAAAAAAUAUUUCAUUGCAUAUUUCGAAACCAUUUUUAUUGUGUAAAUUUAGCUAAUUUAUUAUUGUUUAACUAAUGUGACAAAAAAUUUGUGUAAAGUGAAUUUAAAUAUGUUAUGUAGGUGUAAGCAUACAGGCAACGUACAGUCAAGUUCUGCAACAAAAGUGUUCCAAAGCGUAUAUGCUUGCUGCAGAUGAAGCCACUGCCACUGCUUAGUUUUCUUCGUUCUCAUAGAAACUUUGCAAAAGUGCGAAAUAGCUCAUCGACGAGCUGAUUAACUGAAACCAUAAAUGUUUUGUAAUUAUAGAUAUGUACAAUUUAGUUAGCAUAUUGCAUUA